AUGCGUGUCAUCGUCAUCGGAUGCUGCAGCCAGGAGCUAGACAAGUUGCUAGAUUUCCCCAGAUUGGCUAUUCCUGCCUCAAACUGUUGCAGGGCGGUUUGGCCUCGGGCGGUGGGCUCUGCUGUAGCUUCUGCUCGCCGCUCCAACUCCACAUCGAGAGACUCCCACAGGAUGACAGGGUAUCUGUUUGUAGCUACGGGCUGGCCCUUCAAUUCAAGCUACACAGCAAGCUCCACCUCUCAGCAGUAGUCCAGCUGCAGCGCAUCGCNUGUAGAGUAUACUGCACUGCGUUUGCUCCUUGCUGCUGCUCUUGGCUGACCCAGGACUUCGAAAAAUCCCCACAGGUACGAGCAAACUUUUUUGUGUGUGGUCGAAGAUGGACUGCGCCUCUGCACAAGCCCAACAUGCCACCAUGCACAACAUACUACUGCUGCCGUUCACCUGUCGCCGUCCUUCCACGUCUACCUGUCCAUGACACAUGCUGCCACUUGAUGCGGCAACAUCUGGGAACAACACGGACACAGGGAGUACCCCCGUACCCAUACGCACAACCUCUCAUUCCUCCCUUGUCAAACAAAAAUGAUGUAACAUGCAUGAAAUGAUGAACUCUGUCUUUAUUUACAAGUAUGGUCCACGCUGCCUACAAAUGGGAGAGGUAGCCAUACCUCCUACCUACACACGGACGAGAGAGGUGAACACACCCACUGCAUUUAACACACACCCACAUGUCGGUUAUGAAACCUCAUCAACCACACGCCUCUAUCGGCGACCACGUCAUCAGGAGGCAAUGAUGAGAAAUGUUCUCCCGUGCCCUUCUCACAUUUAACGACAUGAAAUCCCACAACAUAACAUAUAUGUGACACACAAGACAGCUACCAAACUGAUCUUUGGAGCCUGUCACCCGAGAGUUGUCCCUAUAUGCUGUCUAGGAACUCGUAGACAUACAGGUAGUUUUCUCUGACCGUAUGAUGCCAUUGUUAAACUGUCUCUGACUCUUUUCUAUGAUAGAGAUGGCACAUCAGCCGCACAUACUCCGCACAUAUGCAUACCAAACUGAGAAUGUGUUUGUAAACUGAUGGAGAUUGCAUGUGUUAGAACUAAUAGGGUGCGACACACAAAACGCCCGACUACCCAACAGUACCCAACACCUUUCGUCUGCACCUUCCCAACAUAACAUAUAUGAGACACACAAGACAGCUGCUUAGCUACCAAACUGAUUUGUUGAGCCUGUUACCCACAGGGGAGAUGUCCCUAUAUGCU